UUGAGAAAGGGGUGUUUUGGGGAGUUUGGGACAUAAAAAAAAAAGGAGUCUUUCAUAAAGUUUGAUUACAAAGAAGCAAGAUUGACUGGUCGAGUGAAUGAAACCCAACUCAAAUAGGCACACAUUUUCUCGUUGGUGAACUCACUUCUGCUCCCGCCGCCACCGCUGCUCCUCCGUUGUGCGCCUGUGUCUCUCGUCUGGUUGAUUUUGUUUGCUGUUUGGGGGGGGGGGGGUUUACAGUGUGAAAGAAUGGAGCAAAGAUUAGCCAAUAGUUGGAAUAUGACUGUGAAUGAGAAGAAUUUCAUUGAGACGGCAUUGCUUUCGGAUCUCAGAGUUGAUGGACGCCGCCCUUUCGACUACCGUCGCUUAACCAUAAAGUUUGGCCGAGAAGAUGGUUCUUCUGAGGUGCAGCUUGGCCAGACUCAUGUCAUGGGUUUUGUGACUGCUCAGCUUGUUCAACCUUUUAAAGACAGGCCAAAUGAAGGAUCACUCGCUAUUUAUACCGAGUUUUCUCCUAUGGCUGAUUCCUCAUUUGAGGCAGGCCGCCCUGGAGAAUCUGCUGUUGAAUUGGGACGUAUAAUAGAUCGCGGUUUGAGGGAGAGCAGGGCAAUUGAUACAGAAUCACUUUGUGUCCUCGCUGGCAAAUUAGUGUGGUCCAUUCGUAUUGAUCUUCACAUACUAGAUAAUGGAGGAAAUCUUGUUGACGCUGCAAAUAUUGCUGCUUUGGCAGCCCUUCUGACAUUCAGGAGGCCAGAGUGUACUCUGGGGGGAGAAGAUGGACAAGAAUUAACCGUGCAUCCUCCUGAGGUGCGUGAGCCACUUCCAUUGAUAGUUCAUCAUCUUCCUAUAGCCGUGACAUUUGCUUUCUUCACUUCUGAUAGUGCUGUGGUGAUAGAUCCUACUCACUCUGAAGAGGCCAUAAUGAAAGGCAGAAUGACUGUUACGAUAAACACGAAUGGAGAUAUAUGUGCCAUUCAAAAGGGUGGUGGAGUUGGUGUCAUGCACAAUGUUGUUAUGCAGUGCUUACGGGUUGCUUCUGUCAAAUCUGCCGAUAUAACUACCAAGAUUAAGGAAGCUGUUGAAUCAUACAACACAGAAAAAGCCUAUCGCAAGGUCAAGCGCCACCCAUCUGCUGCAGGGGGUCAAAUUGAGAGGUAAACCGAUGCUAGACAUCCAUCAGAAGAUUUGAUUAGAAACACUACAACAAGAAUAUGGAUUUUCAUCAUUGUCAUUUUUCUGGUGAGACAAAUUUUGCCCUGGAAAAAGAGGAAAUAGAUGGGGUCUUUUUCUCACCGGCAUCUCAACUUCUCAUUUACAACAUAGGACGUAUAUGACAUUAGCGAGUCUGAUACAUUUUAUUAGAAGGAAAGCUUGAACUUCUAUGUGAACCUUCUUCUUGUCAACCUCCUGGCUUCUCUUUUUCACCCGUUUAUCUAAUUUUACUUGUUAAUAGGUUGUUUUUGCAAAAAUUGCUACAGCUUUGGGCUGUUUGGCUUCUUCCCUUCUUGCUAAUUAUAGCUGUUUAUAUGCACAAAUUUAUGACCAUUGAUCAUCUUGUUAAUUUCCCUUGUUGAAAGUGCUGUUAUUUUCAAUUGUAUGUUUUGAAUAUUCAAAAUGAAUACAUGUGUUCUUAAACGUCGCUGAACCGAACCUAUUCAAAAUCUACGAACUUU